CGAAUUAAGUGUGAAUGGUUUACUGCUUACCUCCCUACUUUUCCGUCACCCGAAGCUUGGUCGGAAACCGUCGGAAACAAAGCGCUGUGAGAGGGUCAACACCAUCGUCGAAGUGCUAUCAUCAUCUCUAUCGAUCAACCACCAGUAACAUCAAUAUAUCGACACCAUGGCAGGAGGAGCUAAGAAAGCAGCUGCUGUGAGCAAGCAGAUCAAGAAGGGCAUUUCCAAGAAGGGAACUCGCAUCCACACACGCGUUCACUUCUACAAGCCCAAGACACUGAAGCACAGCCGAAAGCCCAAGUACGAUCGCAACAGCACACCACGAAAGAAUGCGCUCAGGGACAAGCACUCCAUCAUCAAGUACCCCUUGACCACAGAAUCAUCGAUGAAACUUAUUGAAGAUUCCAACACCCUCGUCUUCAUCGUUGACAUCAAGUCCAACAAGCGACAAAUUAAGGCUGCCGUACGAGAACUAUACAAUAUUGAAUGCGAAAAGGUCAACACCUUGAUCACUCCUCGUGGAUUGAAGAAGAGCUAUGUUCGACUUAGCAAAGACUAUGAUGCUCUGGAUGUAGCAAACAGGGUUGGUGUCAUCUAAGCAGUGAAAUGUUGUGAAGGAUUCAGCAUAACUACAAGUACCAUAAUAAAACUACAACUAACUCAUGCUUCCAUCACG